AUGUUGCUUCCAUCCGCCAUUCCCUGCGAUGUGCGCCGGUCGUCUCGCUUCACUCCCAGUCGUCUCUUCUCGACGCCUCCUCCUUCUGACAGACCAUCUGGCAAUGGCCUUCUCGGUACCUGUCGAGCACUGCAAUCUAUGUUAAAUGGAUCUCCGGCACCAUCGCCGCGCCGCUCCAAGCCACGCCUCCAAAGUCCACUUCCCAUCAACGCUCCGCGCCGCUCACCGCGCACGCGCAAUAAGGUCGCCCGACCUGCUUCACCCCGACAAACUCCUCCUCCAGUCACACUCGCUUCUACACCACCACCUCCUCCAUCUGCGCCCGCGCGAGGCGCCAAUAAGCGCCGACGUUCUUGCGAUGAUGACAGCGACGCAGACAUGGGCAUGAGCCACGGACGCAACCGUCUCUCAACACCCAAGCGCCGUCGACACGCCCCCUAUGAUUUGCCUCUUGGCCUCUCUUCAACAGACUUUUAUUCCUUACACUCUCCUCCAGUCACGCAAUCUCCUCCUUCUCCCCAGCGCCUGAUUGAUGCGCGCAUUCAAGAAUCAGCGCCCAUCAAUCCGGAUGCGCCUCUUCCCUCGAUCGAAUCGGACUCUAUUCCAGUAUCUUCUGAUGUUUGGACUGCCGAGGAAGAUCAACAUCUCAUGGACUUGGUUCUUGAAAAGUUCCGACUCUCUCAACAGGAAUGGGAUGACUGUGCGCGCCAAAUGGGCCGCCGGAAUUCCACUGAUUUGGGCCAACGAUGGAGUUCUCUCAUUGGAGAGGGUCGCAUUGGUCUCCGUCCGGCACGCCGAUAA